AGUAUACGUCAAUCUGCUAAAGGAUUUGUCUUUUAAAGUGAGCCUUACAGGGACUGUACGUACCUCCGUGUCUUUGUUCGUUCGUCAGUCAGCACCCCGCAAAGUGAUCGUCUUAUUUUUCUUUUUUUUUUUUCCUUGUGGUUUUACAAAACGUUUAUAAUAUCUGCAGAACUUUGCAGAGUGGCUGGACUGAGACGCAAUGUCAUUGAAUGUUUAAUUUUCAUCGCAAGCUGAUACCGCUUUUUGUCUUAUACAGACUUUGUGUCAUUAUUACUUCAUACAAACGGACAAAAACAUCAUAUUUAUAACGCAAUCAAGAAGAGAAGAGUGUUACUUUGAGAAAUUCUAACCAUCUACUUCUCUCACAAUGGCUGAUGAAGACAACUUCGAUAUCGAUAUCUACGGCGACGAUAGUGGCGAAUACCAACAGGAAGCGAAUGGCGCAAGCGAUGAGAAGAAACCCGGGCAGGAGGAUAUAACCCUUGAAGAUCAGCCGAACCAGAAAUCUGACGGUGCGACUGGCCCAGCUCAAGCUUCCAACAAUACUCAAGGCGCAUCUCAGGGCGCCAGUCAUGAGAGUAGUGAGCAGGUAGGGGAGAGCGAGCAUUCGGAAAUGCAGCAGAGGAUCUCCACGACUGAAGGUGCCUCUCAAAAUGAUGUACUACCUCCCAAACAGCCUCCUCAGGAGCAAGGUAUCAAGCGCAAAGAAGGUCCUGAUACUCGACCAGUUGAGACAGGAGCCACCUCUGCGCUCUUUAUCUCCGAUUUGCAUUGGUGGACAACGGAUGAUGACGUUCGUGGUUGGGUGAAUCAGAGUGGCUGCGAGGAUGAGCUCAAGGAUAUCACCUUCAGCGAACACAAGGUGAACGGGAAGAGUAAAGGUCAAGUUUUUGUUGAAUUCAUCUCUCCCCAGGCCGCUACCGCAGUGAAACAGAAAAUCGAGUCUUUCAACGCGAAUCCUCAACAGCUGAAAAAGCAUACGGUUAACUUUACCGCUGCUACCGCCAACCCGUUCCGUACAUUACCCAAGGAUGCCCCUGCUCGUGGAAAGGAUGGUAGGGAUCACCGUUCCGGUAGCUUUGGAAGUCCCGGCGGGAUGGGUGGCGGCGUGUCUCCCGUUGCUGGCAACUUUGGCAUGGGCGGAGGUUUCCGCGGCGGGCGUGGUGGGUUCAAUCGCGGAGGAGCCAUGAACAACAUGGGAGGUUACGGUAACAGAAACUUUUCCCCCGUGGGCGGUAUGGCUUCCUCCGGCUAUCCCUCUGCCGGUCCUAUGGCCGGGUUUCAGCCGGCCAUGGGAAUGCAGCCAUAUGGAAAUUUUGGCAAUCGCGGGAAUAUGGGGAUGCGCAACGGUCCCGGUGGUAAUCGCGGACGUGGUGGAAUGGCUCCGAGUCCGAUGAUGGGCGGGAUGCCCAUGGGAAACAUGGGCAUGGCAAUGGGUGCUAUGCCAGGCCAAAUGGGGGCCAUGGGUGCUGGCAUGAACAUGGGCCCAAUGGGAGGAAUGCAAGGUCAAGCUAGCUUCGCCGGGCCGACGCCCCACUAUAACCCCGCCUUCUUCAACCAGAGCCAGCAGGCCGCUGCUGGAGGAGAUGGUAACUGGAAUCCGCAUGGCGCGAAACGACCUCGCCCUGAGUAAUCCACGUAUUGUCAGGACCCUGUCUCUAGCGGUCGCUCGAACCGACUUUUGUGUCUGUCAAGACACCUUGAAUAUUCCGCUGCCAUUGCCGAACAUGGUCGAUCUUGCUGAACCAGCUUGAUUCAUUCUCGCCGCCAAUGUGCUUCGUAUCAGAACGCAUCUGUUCGCCGCGUCCUGCCGUCAGCUGGACUCAGACGCUUAUUGCCCUCUUACUUCGGCGUUAUCAGGGGAGGUGGUAACUCUUGGUUGGGUAUU